UGAUUGAAUCGUUCAAAAGAACAAAUUAGCGUCGAUUUAAAAGUUAAGUGACAGAUAACUAAGACAAAUGACAGCUGUGUUUAAAUGAGGUAAAACAUCUGUGGGAAAAGCGUUAUCUGCUGCUUGAACUGAUCAAAUAGAGGACAUUAUAAACUGGGUCACUUUAUUGCUCUAGCUCUGCAGUAAUUGACAUUAUCUGAUGACUACAAUAAGUAUUUUUUUUUGCUUCGAUUUUAAGAAGGGCUGAUGAAUCAAAAGCCCUCAGACUGUCGGUGAUGCUGUAUUUUGGGGGAAUUGUAUACGUUUGUAUCAGUUGGUUUGUAAAGCGUUUGCGGAGCAAGAUAAAGGAAGUGGUAUAGUUUGUGAACGCUGACUGAGUUUCACUAUCAUAUGUCAGAGGAGCCACAUUGGAGAGCGAUGCAGGGGGAUGAUGGACAACGGAGGGUUUUGCAACGAUAAUUAUCACAGUUUAAGCAGUGAUGAUGAACUGGUGGAUAUUUCAGAUGUUACGGUGGACUUCAGUGAGGAUGUCCCACCUCUGAUCCGAGAUUACAGCGCGGGCCGCUCUAAAGCUGAUUGGAGACUACACAACAGUCCUAAGCUGAUGGAUCUAAUGGAUGACACCGUUCCUGGCAUUGGCACCUAUGAGGACUUCAACACCAUCGACUGGGUUAGGGAGAAGUCUAAAGACAGAGAUCGGCAUAGAGAGAUCACCAAUAAGAGUAAGCAGUCUACACUAGCCUUGCUCUUCAGUGUCAGUGAUGCCUUUUCUGGCUGGCUUCUAAUGCUCCUCAUUGGACUCAUGUCAGGGGCCUUGGCUGGAGGUAUAGACAUUGCCGCCCAUUGGAUGACAGACCUUAAAGAGGGUGUGUGCCUGAACGGGUUCUGGUUUAAUCAUGAGGACUGUUGCUGGACAUCCAAUGAAACCACUUUCCAGGAAAGAGACAAGUGUCCUCAGUGGAAAAGCUGGGCAGAGCUCAUGGUUGGAGUCAAUGAGGGGGCCAGUGCAUAUGUGGUGAGUUAUUUCAUGUAUGUGUGCUGGGCUCUUCUCUUCGCCUUCCUGGCAGUGACUCUGGUGAGAGCGUUCGCCCCUUACGCUUGUGGUUCAGGAAUACCAGAGAUUAAGACCAUCCUGAGUGGCUUUAUAAUCCGUGGGUACCUGGGAAAGUGGACUUUGAUCAUAAAGACCAUCACGCUGGUGCUGGCCGUCUCUUCUGGCCUCAGUCUGGGGAAGGAGGGUCCGCUGGUUCACGUAGCCUGCUGCUGCGCAAACAUCCUAUGCCAUUUCUUCACCAAAUACCGUCGAAAUGAGGCCAAGAGGCGAGAGGUGUUGUCUGCAGCAUCUGCAGUGGGAGUGUCCGUAGCAUUCGGUGCUCCUAUUGGAGGGGUGCUUUUCAGUCUUGAGGAGGUCAGCUACUACUUCCCCCUGAAGACUCUGUGGCGUUCGUUCUUCGCUGCUCUGGUUGCAGCAUUCACCCUUCGCUCCAUUAAUCCCUUCGGCAACAGCCGUCUGGUCCUUUUCUACGUGGAGUUCCACACUCCCUGGCAUUUUCUAGAACUCAUACCUUUCAUAUUUCUUGGCAUCUUUGGUGGCUUUUGGGGGGCUUUCUUCAUCCGUGCUAACAUCGCCUGGUGCCGUCUCCGAAAGAACAGCUGCCUUGGGCACUACCCUGUCCUCGAGGUUCUGUUGGUCACCCUGAUCACAGCAUUGCUAUCGUUCCCGAAUGAGUACACUCGGAUGAGCGGCAGCCAACUGAUCUCCGAGCUGUUCAACGAUUGUGGUCUGCUGGACUCUUCGAAAAUCUGCGACUACAGUGGAAGCAGAACAGGAAGUGUUAAUGAUACGGUCUCUAACGGUCUGGCGGAUCGUCCGGCAGGGCCAGGGCUCUAUACAGCGAUGUUGCUGCUAGCUCUUGCACUGGUCUUUAAGAUGUUCAUCACUGUGGCUACGUUUGGCAUGAAGGUGCCAUCCGGUCUGUUCAUCCCCAGUAUGGCGGUGGGGGCUAUAGCCGGCAGACUUCUUGGUGUGGGCAUGGAGCAGCUGGCCAUCUACCACCACGACUGGAAUGUUUUCAGAAGAUGGUGCUCUCCUGGGGCGGACUGCAUCACGCCGGGCCUCUACGCCAUGGUGGGCGCAGCAGCCUGUCUGGGUGGUGUGACACGUAUGACAGUAUCCCUGGUGGUCAUUAUGUUCGAGCUGACGGGAGGUUUAGAAUACAUUGUGCCCCUCAUGGCUGCUGCCAUGACCAGCAAAUGGGUCGCAGAUGCUCUGGGUCGUGAGGGCAUCUACGAGGCCCACAUCCGUCUUAACGGUUACCCCUUCUUGGAGGCCAAAGAGGAAUUUCGCCACAAGACUCUUGCCACGGAUGUGAUGCGGCCACGACCGAGCGGCCCACCGCUGUCUGUGCUGUCACAAAGUGGAAUGACUGUAGAAGAGGUGGAGAGACUCAUCUUAGACACCACCUAUAGUGGCUUUCCUGUGGUGAUCUCACAUCAGUCUCAGAGAUUGGUGGGCUUUGUGUUGAGGAGGGAUCUGGUCAUAUCUUUAGAAAAUGCACGGCGGCAUCAGGAGGGUGUUGUCAGCGUGUCUGCUGUCCUGUUCACUGAAUGUGAUCCGCCCGCAUCACUCAAUGCCGUUCCCGCAGUCAAACUGCACAGCAUCUUGGACCUCAGCCCCUUCACGGUCACUGACCACACGCCCAUGGAAAUUGUGGUGGACAUCUUCCGCAAGCUUGGGCUGCGGCAAUGCCUCGUCACUCAAAACGGGCGUUUGCUGGGAAUCAUCACUAAAAAAGAUGUUCUUAAACACAUGGCGCAGAUGGCCAACAGAGACCCGGAUUCUAUCCUUUUCAACUGAAGACUCUCAGGACUGGACGGAGAGGACACUCCCACACACACAUGCACUCUGAGGGCUGAAUCAUCCUGUGAGGAUGAUGAUGAUGAUUAUAAUGUUGGUUGUAGGACUGUGUGUGUAUCACUGAGGUACUGCUAUUAUAGAGUGGUGUGAGUGGCCUAAGGCAGCUUUUUUCUGCUCCAGAACUGGACAUGUUCAGACAGGAGCUGUUUAGCCUGUCCCGAGGUCAUAGAGACAUUAAUGUGACAAAUGCUGUUCUCUCACACCUGUGAACCUCAUUUCAGGCCUGAUUGUUGCCAUCAGGGCUUGCUGUAUGUGGUCCAAAUGCUUGUCCUGCCGACACAUCUUUUUAAAUUUGGGGCGACUUCUUUUUGAGCUUUUAAUUCAUUAAUGGUGCUUUACUCUACUAAAAAGCAGCUUAAACUAUCUUAAGAUGGUUGCUAGUCUCUGGCUGGUCUGAGUUGCUGUUUAUAUAUAUAUAUAUAUAAAAUUUACCGGAACAACUAGUCGAGACCAUAACAGCCAAGACCAGAAAACAAAGUAGUUUAAGCUAUUUUUUAGCAGGGAUUUUUAUUCCCUGCAGUGACGUCUGACCUCGAAAGGAACUUCAGAAGGGUGAGAACAUUCCUGAGAUGAACUAGGGAACGUGCGUUGAGGUUGUCUUGCCUGAACCUGUGUGCAUCGAAUGAUCCCUGUGGGAAGAUGUACCGAAAUGUAUUGAGAUUUGGUGUAUCAUGUUGAAAAGGCACACAGACACACUUAUUCUUUCUCACUUAUACAUACUAACAAAAUUCCCACAGUAGUGCCGUUCCUCCAUUAGUCACUCUGAAGACUCUAAAAGAGUGGCACAUGAUUUUUGGUUCACCCCAAAAUUAAAAAAUUCUGUCAUCA